AAAAGCACAGCUAGCUCAGCUGUGUCCAUCAGCUGGUUGUCCAAACAAGGGAAUGAACACGGUCGUCCUUUUACAUCCACAAAAUACGAAUGUACAGCUGAGAAAAUGAAGAAAAGCAAGGGAAAGGUGAACACCACUGAGAAGGAGUUUGUGUUUGGGUUCAGGGCAGGGAGGAAUGACUGUGUCCUCAAAGUACCUCUGCAAUUCCCUGUCCAAGAAAAUGUCAGUGACCUUCAUGGACGACUUAUGCUGCUGCACAAUAUACCUUGCUUUGUUGAGAAUGAACUGAGGAGCACACUGUCCAUGUUUAUUGAGAGCGAAACCAUCCAGGAUUAUGACAGAGAAGCAGAUUUGGCCCUACAGAGACUGACAACAGGAGAGGUGGACAUCAACCCACUUACAAACACAUGGGCCAAGACCUACUCAGAGACUACACUGGAACAUGCUCGUCCUGAGGAGCCCAGCUGGGAUGAGGACUUUGCAGAUGUUUACCACGAGCUCAUCCAUUCCCCGGCCUCUGACACUCUGCUCAACCUGGAACACAACUACUUUGUCAGUGUCUCAGAGCUCAUCAGUGAGAGAGACAUGGAGCUGAAGAAGUUACAAGAGAGGCAGGCAACAGAGAUGGACAAAGUCAUGCAAGAACUAGGAAAGACCAUGACUGACCAGGAUGUAAAUGCAGUUGCAUCUCAACACUUCGAUGCCCAGCAGUGAGGAGAUCAAGGUGCAGCCGAGCCAGCUGACAGAGGAGUCUGAGCCUGGGGUCAGGCUGUAUGAGGAGCAGCGACAGCUGGAGGAGAGCUUCACCAUCCACUUAGGUGCACAGCUGAAGACAAU